UUCGCGGGACUUCUGCUACGCGCAUGCGCAGUAUAUUGAGUUUAGCGCGCGGGACUGCUCAAGGAAGUCUACAGAACUCCGUGCGGCUGUUGUCUCUGCUCCACAGUGUUUGAAACAUUUUACAUUUGACUUCAUUUAGUUAAUAAAACGUUGCCAGCAUGUGGAAUCAAGGAGGGUCCAACAAUGACUCAAGUACAGUUGGAGGUUACACUCAGUCUCCAGGAGGCUUUGCAUCACCUGCUGCUUCCCAGGGAGGAGAGAAGAAAGGGAGAACUCGUGCCACACAGAUAAUCCCCUGCAACGUGUCUCAACUGAUGUCGGCCUCUCAGGCUGAAGAGUCCUUCAAAGUGGGCGAUGUGGAAGUGACCCAGGUUACCAUUGUGGGUAUUAUCAGGAGCACGGACAAAUCCAUGACCAACAUCCAGUACAAGGUGGACGACAUGACAGGCGCUCCCAUGGAUGUGAAGCAGUGGGUCGACACAGAGGAUCCCAGUGUGGACAGCACUGUUCUGCCUCCAGGCACGUAUGUCAAAGUCUCUGGGAACCUGCGCUCCUUCCAGAAUCACAGAUCUGUCGUGGCCUUUGGCGUCAGGCCCCUGGAGGACAUGAAUGAGAUCACCUCUCAUAUGCUGGAGGUCGUUCAAGCGCACAUGAUGCUCGGCAAACCUCAGAGCCAGUUCAGUGCUGGAGGGGGCGCUAAGGUCAUGCCCACCUCACGACAGGACACAGGAAGCAAGGGAGAAGGCUAUGCAGGCGCCACUGACAUGGUUAACAACGGGUUGAGUGCAAACCAGAAUCAGGUGCUGAGUUUGAUAAGAGGCUGCCCCGAGCCGCAGGGCAUCAGCAUCCAGGACCUGAAGCAGAGACUGGGAGGAACGAGUCUCCUUGUCAUAAAGCAAGCAGUGGAAUUCCUAAGCAACGAAGGUCACAUCUUCUCCACCAUCGACGAAGAUCACUACAAAUCGACAGACAGCGAUGAUUAGAUCCAGUUGUUUGAGUUGAAUCUGAUAUGUCCUUCAGUAUCUGUUUAAUAAUAACUCAAAGCUUUCCCCUUAAACACAACCUCUCUGCCCGUGCCAAUGCUAAAACUGAGUGACUUCCCAUGAUCCGUGUGAGUCACGGCACUGCGGUCGGUGUUAGUUGAAGAACACAUGGUUUAUGUUGGUGAGGCUGUUGGCUGACACAUCCUGUAUCCUUAAGGUUGCUUCUGUAUUUUUGCCAGUCCCAGAGGUGUUGCUUUUUGAGGAAGUUGUUGUUGGUAGUAAAUGCUGUUUUUCUGUAUUUCCCACCAUUUCUUUGUAAAGCAUUUUGUAAUUUUAAAAGAUUUUGAAAGCAAGUACUUCGUUUUCUUUGUCUGUUUAACUAACUUUUGCCAUAAUAAAAUAUUGUAUAAUUAACA